AGGGACAGAAGAAAGGGCUGGAAAGAAGAGAGCAGAACACAGAGAGAGACUGACAGAGGAGAGGGUGCGACAGAGAUGACUCUGACGAACAAAGCCUAGACUCGACCACCCUGUCACCGGAACUGCAGCCUUGUGACACAGGACAUCAAAAGGUGUGCUUGCGAAUAAAUGCCGUAAGAUCUGCAAGAGAGCUGCAGGAACACACAAGCGUGCAGAGAAGCUCACAGUGGUCAGUACAAGGGUCAACAACGCUACUGUCUGCUGCAAGGGAUCCAGAACUUUUUUUGCCUACGGACCACAAUUUCAAUUAACCUUUGGAUUAAGGCAUUUACAGAUCAUAAAUAUUUUAUCUUACUCUUACAUCAGCUCAUCUAUAGACAACCCCAGAGGGCAUACAACAGAAAUCUGCAGAUUGCUUUUCCCAUGGCGAGCAUUUGGGUCUCUCAACUGGGAACCAUCUGCAACUCCAAGACUUUGCUCUUGCUGUUUUCCAUCCUGCUACUCCACUGGCCACUCUGUGGACAGAGCAGCCCAAUCUCCAAUACCCAUCAGAGGUAUCGCCCCGCUCCUGGGCUGGGAGACGGGCAUGGGGGGGUGGUGGAUCCAUCACUGCUUGAGCAGGACAACAACAACAUGAACAUGCAGAGCCUGCUGGAGAGCCUAAAGGAACAGUUUCUGCGGACUUUCAACCUGUCUGGCUUGGGUCCUCCUCACCUGGCCCCUGGGAGUGCACGAGAGGAGCCGCCUGAGUACAUGAUGGAGCUUUACAACCGUUUUGCUAAUGACCACACUGCCAUGCCCACUGCCAACAUCAUCCGCAGCUUCAAAAAUGAAGAUUCAUCUCCCAGUGUUGUGGGCGUUGGAGGAGUAAGGCGUCACCCACUCCUCUUCAAUGUGUCAGUUCCCCAUCAUGAACGUGUCACAGCAGCCGAGCUUCGCCUCUACACCCUUGUCCAGACUGACCGCCACCUCUAUGCUGGUGUCGACCGCAAGGUCACUGUCUACGAACUGGAGUUGCAGGUUGGAGACGACAAUGUGACUGAUGAGAACACCAUGAGAGGUGAUGGAUUCAGAGGGGGAGAAGAGCAGAUAGAGCUAGUGGAGUUGGCUUCACGCCAGGUCUACGGCACAGAUAAUGGCUGGGAGGCCUUUGACCUCACUGCUGCUGUUCAACGCUGGCGCAGAUCUGACCGUGGCACCACGCACCAGUUGGAGGUACACAUUGCCAGCAUAGCUGAUGAAGAUAAUGUUCAAAGUAUGAUGAAGGACAACAAAGACAGGAAUCCACCUGAAGGGGACAUGAAGAUUGACACCAGCCCGGAAGAAAAACACAAACCUCUGCUGAUUGUUUUUUCUGAUGACCAAAGUAGCGAUCACCGUGAUGACAAACGCGAGCUGAACGAGAUGAUUGACCAUGAAACCUCUAACAUGGUUCUCCAGAAUGACUUGGGGACGGGCCUGAAUGGGCUGUGGGGGGAGCUGGGGAGGGACAGGGAUGAAAGAGAUGAAGAAGCAGAGCCAGAUGAAGAGGACCUCAUCCAAAUGCGCUCCAAUCUGAUCUACGACACAGCAUCCCGCAUUCGGCGCAAUGCCAAGGGAAACCACUGCAAGAAACAAUCUCUGUACGUAGAGUUCAAGGACAUCGGAUGGGACAGUUGGAUCCUGGCACCCACUGGUUACGAUGCCUUUGAGUGCACUGGCAUUUGUUCCUUCCCGCUGACGAAGCAUGUCACACCCACCAAGCAUGCCAUUGUCCAGACAUUGAUCAACAUCAACAGUCCUCAGAAGACGGCACGAGCUUGUUGCGUGCCCACCAAGCUGGACCCCAUCUCUCUGCUGUACUUGGAUGAUACAGGCGUGGUCACCUACAAGUACAAGUUUGAAGGCAUGGUGGUGGCUGAGUGUGGCUGCAGAUAGUCCAUGCUUUCAGAGAGUUUAACUCUUCAUAAAGUCUUACAACAAGAGAAAAGACAAAGAACUGCAAAUAAGCUAACAAGGGAGGUUAGCCAAAGCUGUCUUCAACAAAGGGACAAUCGUUGGAAUCUCUGUAAGGGUAAUUCAGUGAGACUGGAAGUGCACAUUAACUAUUCAUGAAACUAUGUGUUCUUCAAAUCAAUGACUGUGGACUAAUAUAUGUUUUAAACCACAAAACAGAAAUAAGUUCUCCAUUUAAAGGCAUCAAAAUCAGUUGCCAUCAUUCAGACAGUGGAAAUGCUGCAGAUCUACAGUCAACAUGUUGCCAGUAUUGACGCCAAAUUUUCCAAAAGGACAGACCCCAAAACAUCCUACGGCGUGUGCGGCCUGGUGGGAACCAGUGGGCCAGUUGUCCCCCUCCCUCUCCUUCCCUCUGACAUCUGUCUUCCUCUCCACUUAUCUCUGGCCUCCCCCUCUCAAUGCGAACACUAAUCAGCACUUCAUGUGUUCUGACGCUGUGAAAUGACCACCCCCCCUCCAAUGAGGCAACCUGACAAGACAUGAACUCUCCAGGCCGACCUCUUGCCUCCUGCAGCCUCCUGAUACGUAGGCGCUGUGCUGGGGUCCUAGCGGCAGGGUUAUCAAUCCCAACCUUGUUUCCUACUUCACAUGCCUCUUUUCCACUCCCCCAAGCUACAGCGAUAGCAAGGUGUGGGGGGCUGAGAAACAUGUAUGCCACCACUCAGGCUUGGAGAACUGGACACCGUUUUGGGCAACAUUUGAGGUGGUGGGAUGGGGGAGUGGGACAGGACGCAGGGGGCAGGGGUUGUCCACAUUCCUGGGCAAUAAACAAUCUUAACUGGCUCAACUCACUGACCUAGUAGCAUGUGCCCCUAACAUAUCUCCAACUCAGUUGAGUCAUCCAUCACUUUUAUGGUAAGAAUGGCCUUUUUGGACAGUCAUUACCUGACGGCCAAACUUGAGAGUGGAAAAGGAGGCACCUUGUCACAUUGUCUUUAUGGGUACCCAAAGGAAAUACAGUCACAGAAAUACAGUUUCUUUGUUAAAAAGCCCUUUGAUACCUCUGCUGCUUGUGUCAAAUAAGAGACUAUUUAUUGUUUUAAUUUAUUGAAUUUUACAACAGAGUAGAUAACUAUAUAUGUACAUGUGUAAGUUACUUGGUGUAAAGCUGGUUGUGUAUCCAUGACAAUGCAUUCGCAGCACAAAACUAACUAUGUUGGGAAGAGAAAUGGCAAUGAUUUCUAAAACAAUAAAGAACAAUUAUUUAACAAAUUCUAAAUGGAAAGUCUUCUUAUCUAUAAAUUAAAGGAAUCCUUCAGCCACACAAUAACCAUUUGUACAUAAAUUACAUGACAAGUGUUACCCUGAAUUUGUGAAGAAAACUUUGUUUUAACAGUGAAUGAAGAAUUGUGCGCACAUGCAUUUCUGCUUGUGCAUCGUCCAUGCCUGAGACUAUUUAUGUGAAAGUGUUUUAAUUGGAAAGGUUUUAGCAAAUAUGCAUGUGUUUGGAAAGUACAGAGCAUAUAGCUGAGACGUGGAUUACACUGCUCAAGUUGUGUGAAAGUCUCUAAACAGAUGUUUUGAUUGAGUUUUGUCAGCGAAAUGUCUCAAUUGUUUUGGAUUCUUCUUUCGCUGUGAAAGCAUGUGAGAUAAACAAAGUCCUCCUCAUGAAUUCAACCUAACGAGGGUUUAGUAAAAUAUUCACAAAUGGUUAUUUUGUGGGUGAAGUAUUCAGUUAAUUGUUGAUGCUUAGUGUUUCAGAACAUUUUCUCACCAUCAAAAUUUCUUCAGGAUUACCUCAUAUCAAGACGAGCGUAAAUAUUCUGAGCUAAAAUACCACACUGAUGGUGUUUUCACAGUUAACUGUACAUGAUUUAUUUUUACACAUUACAAUUACCAAUCAAAGCAUCUUUGGUCUGUCAACUUUCCUUUCUAUUAUCUUAGGAAGAUGCUGCUAGACCAAUGAUACAAUGCAUUGCUGACAUUCAGAUCAUUUAGUCCAACAGUAUCAGCUCACAGUUCAUAGUUCAUACUUGACACACAAACAAAGAACCAUGGGAAACUGAGUGGAAGGUCUGCUAAUGAACAAAAUAGAUGGCCUGCUGCCCACAUUGACAGCUUGCAGAUGCAGACAGCUGUGAUGAAAAACCUGUUCGUGAAGAGAAAGUGUGAACAAUAAACAAAGUUCUGGGCUACAGUAUCUCUCUCUGUUCUGUUUUUUUCUGUGAAUGUCAAACAAGAGCCAAAGAGUACUGUGCCAAAGCACAAUGGAGAUGAAUGAAAGCUACAGAUCAGCUUCAUGCUCUGAAAUGUGUAGAAAUUUCUAUUAUUUCUUUGUUGUUGAGAAUGUGUGUCGCCCUUAAAGGUGAGUUGUCUUUGCUCUGUUUGAGUAAUGUCCAACGCUACAGCAGCUGAAUUGAGGUCAAGGAUAAAAAUCAA